AUGAAAAGACAAAUAUUGAAAAGAAGAGAUGGAAGAGAAAGAAGUAUGGACGUAAGAAAUAAAGAAGAAGGAGGGAUGAUAAAAAAAGUUAAAGAGAUGUAUUAUUCAAUCACAGGAACCAAACCAAGUAUCAGAGUUGGAGAAAAAGCACCAAAGAUAUGUGGGAAAGCAUAUUACAAAGGAGAAAUAAAAGAAUAUGAAAUGGAAGCUGAGAAAGGGAAAUAUCAUGUGAUUGGAUUUUAUUGUAGAGAUUUUUCAAGAGUUUGCCCAAGAGAAAUUAAAGAAUUGAGUGACAAUAUUGAAAAAUUCAAAGAACUAAAUGCAGAAGUAAUUGGGAUUUCAGUAGAUUCAGUAGAAACACACAAAAGAUUAUGUGAAAGAAAAGAGAAAAAGGAAUA